AUGUUGGUCGCGAGCAGAAAUCGGACACUGAGACAGACACCCACACAGACACCCACACAGACACGCACACAGACACUGACACACACAGACACCCACACAGACCCACACAGACACGCACAUAGACACAAACAAACACACUCACACAGACACUCGCACAGACACUCCGACACGCACAUAGAGACAGACAAACACACACACAGACACCCACACACAGACAAAAACCAAUACCGCCAUUCGCCACUAAGUGGCGGUGACGUCACCACGACGCUUGUGCCAGGCCAGGCAGACACACACCCACAGACAGAGACACACACACAGACAGAGACACACACACGCAGAUACAGACACACACAGACACACACAGACAGAGACACACACACAGACAGAGACACACACACGCAGAUACAGACACACAGACACACAGACAGACACACAGACAGACACACAGACAGAGACACACAGACAGAGACACACACGCAGAUACAGACACACAGACAGAGACACAGACAGACACACAGACAUAGACAGAGACACACACACGCAGAUACAGACACACACAGACACCCACACACAGACAGAGACAGACAGACACACACACAGACACCCACACACAGACACCCACAGACAGACACACACACAGACACACACAGACACACGCGCACAGACACGGCGUGUAGUUUUUCUGUUUUGGGGGGGGGGCUGGCGAGGGGGGGGGCUGUAGGGGGGGAGGGGGGAGGGGUUGGGGGGAGUGAGGCUCGGGACUUGUUUUGUAACGGACCCCUCCGUCAUUCUCGUCGUCGCGAUCGUCGUUCUGAACAUCGCGAAAGUCGCGAACGUCGCGAAUGUCGUGAACGUCGUCGCGAAUGUCGCGAAUGUCGUGAACGUCGUCGCGAAUGUCGCGAACGUCGUCGCGAACGUCGCAAAUGUCGUGAACGUCGUUGCGAUCGUCGUCGCGAAUGUCGUGAACGUCGUCGCGAACGUCGCAAAUGUCGUGAACGUCGUUGCGAUCGUCGUCGCGAAUGUCGUGAACGUCGUCGCGAACGUCGCGAAUGUCGCGAACGUUGUCGCGAACGUCGCGAAUGUCGUGAACGUCGUCGCGAACGUCGCGAAUGUCGCGAACGUCGUCGCGAAAGUCGCGAACGUCGCGAAUGUCGUGAACGUCGUCGCGAACGUCGUGAACGUCGUCGCGAAAGUCGCGAACGUCGUCGCGAAUGUCGCGAAUGUCGUGAAUGUCGUGAACGUCGUCGCGAAUGUCGCGAAUGUCGCCGCGAAUGUCGUGAACGUCGUCGCGAAUGUCGCGAACGUCGUCGCGAAUGUCGCGAAUGUCGUGAACGUCGUCGCGAAAGUCGCGAACGUCGUCGCGAAUGUCGCGAAUGUCGUGAACGUCGUCGCGAAUGUCGUGAACGUCGUCGCGAAUGUCGCGAACGUCGUCGCGAACGUCGCGAAUGUCGUGAACGUCGUCGCGAACGUCGCGAAUGUCGUGAACGUCGUUGCGAUCGUCGUCGCGAUCGUCGUUGUGAACGUCGUCGCGAACGUCGCGAACGUCGCGAAUGUCGUGAACGUCGUCGCGAUCGUCGUUGCGAUCGUCGUUGCGAUCGUCGUUGUGAACGUCGCAAACGUCGCGAUCGUCGUCGCGAAUGUCGUCGUUGCGAACGUCGCGGUUCGUCGGGGUGGCGGCGGUGGCUGCUGCUGCUGCGCCACGCGGUUGCCAAUUAAAGAGCUCCUCACGACGACGACGACUCCA